GAAGUAAUAAAAAUUAAUCGAUAAAGUUUCAUGCCUGCAGCUACAGAAUGCCUAUAUUCCCCUCUCCGCGUUUCUAUUUCUCUCUCACUCGUUCUCUAUCUGUUACUGUUACGCACAAGAUUCAUUGCAUGCAUGUGGAUUAAUGCCCAUAAUUCAAAAAUUAUUGAUUUUUGCCAAAGGACUAUGGAUGGAAACAAGUCGAUGGAAAGUUAGAAAUGAUCUGGUUUGCAGGUGAUCAAUUGCCGAAAGCGUAUGAAGAUGUAGUUGUAACACCUGAUAUUUUUGAGGAUACUCCAAAAUUAGAUACGCAAUCUGAGGAUGAAAUCGAGCCAGAGGAGGAAGAUGAUUCUACCGAUGAAGAUGAUGAUAAAAAAAUACUCAAAAAAUAUA